UAUACUUAAACUUUUUAGUCCCUGUGUAAUAAGAAUGAUUAUUAAAAUUAAAUGAAUCGUUUUGUGGAAAAUGUCUGCAAAUCUUCCAUAUGAGCUGACAAAGUUUAAAGAGCAUACUAAACUACUUAAACAAGUUAAAAAAGAAACUGAUAGAGCGUUCUAUGAAAUUCAGCAAUCUGGUCAUUUUCCACAGGAAACACUGCGUGCUUAUCUUUUACCUCAAGAUGAAUAUCACGAGUUAGCUAAUAUUUGUGAAAAGCCACCUACAAUAAUUGUUCUUGGAACAUCUUGUUAUGCAAAAGUAUGUGCAAUUAAUGAAUUAGUCGGUGAACCAAUUCUUCCUAUUAUUGAAGAUGGAGAUAAGUCUACUAUGUGGCGAAUGGUGCGAUUUAAACAUGGCUACUAUUCUACACUCAGUUUAGUAUUGCCAGAUAGUUAUGAGUUAGCUGCUGCACUUGAUGCAUAUGAAGGAACAUGGCGAUCUGUUCCACGAGCAGAUUUAGAACUUAGAGGUCGGGAUCGUUGCGAUCCAGCAUUAACUGCAGCAGUAGCUGAAGUUAGUUUAGAUCAUCCUUUAUUAAAAACAGGUGCAGAAAUAAUUUGUUCACCAUCCAAUUCAGGAAACUGUGUUGAACAAGUCUUUAAAACUUGUGUAGCAGAGAUUUUGCCAAUUAUUAUAUUUGCAACUGACACAGAUACUAUUGAACAAAAGGAUAUCGAUGAAUUGAUCCAAAUUAAUUCAUUUGCCAUGAAUAGAUUACCUGUGUUUUUUAUUAAAGUACCUUCUCGAGUAAACUAUGAGUUGAAUGAAUCUCAUCAAGAUACAAUCAAACAAACCACUUUUAAUGCUAGUGAUUCACCUCUUUAUACUCAACUUUAUAAUUUAGGUUUUUUAGUAAAAGAAACAAUAGGUACGCAUGAAACAAAUGCAUCUAAUGACAUAAAUAGUUUUAAUAGUAUUUCAGUUAUUAGAAGUGUUACUCCUAAGAGUGCCCUUAUAGAAGAUUUUUCGUUAUUUCCUUGUUUUUUAAUGUUUGUUCGACAAGUAUUACAAUACCAUAUAAUUGCUGCUGCAUGUGUAUUGAACGAUGCACACACUAGGUGUCUCGGUAUGUUUAUAAACUCUGCAUUUGAUAUGGCUCGUGACAUUAACGUUACACCAAAACGUAUAGCUUAUACACGCUCCAAAGAAGCUGAACUGUUUCAAUCUCUAAUUAAUAUUGCAAAUAAAAAGCAAGAAGAAAUAAGAGAAGUAAUUCGAAAUACCAUUGAAGUUUUAAGUCCACAAUUACAACAAGAAGCUGAACUUUUAAAGAUUCAAGGAGUUGUAUUUAAGCAAAAUAACGAGCUUGCAGAUGUUGAAGAUUUAGAAAAGUGUAUUCAACAAGUUCAGGAGCUUGUUUUAAGUAGGUUAAAUCAAUCAGUUGCUGGUAAGUUAAUCAGUUCAGUUGAAUAUCUAAAAGAAAGUUAUGUUGGUACCUUGACACGAUGUUUGACAAGUCUUGAAAAAGCUGAUGCCGAAUUUGCAAGAGAAAGCGGAGUUGUUGCCUCAGUGGCAUUGAAACAGAGCAGAAAAGAAACAUCUUUAACACCUUGUGCUAGUGUUCAUUUCAAAGAGGUUUUAGAUGCAGCUUACCAGGUAGAAGUUACUGUACAAGCUAGUUUUUCAUUCACUCGACUUUUGUGGGAAAAGCUCAAGCAAGCGGUUCAGAUGCUUCCAGGAAAACAUUCUCCUGUUAUAGAUUCCUCAUGGAAAAGAAAAGUUGCUGGUGAUGUAAUAAGGUGCAUAAGUGAAUCUAGACUUGCAAAGAAUAUCUGCUCGCAAUUCCGUGCUCGUCUUAUGCGUUCUCAUGAAGCAUUUACCCAUUCAAUGAGGAUUUUAGAAAUGCGACACAAUGGCCGACUAGAAAAAAAAGAAGAGCAGCGCCUAAAGCUAAGAAAGGUUUUUGCACCUCGAGUUGCAAGAUGUGUUCUUGAAAGUACAUCAUUAAGAGAUUUAGUCUUGUUUGGAAUGCCACAGCUUGGUCGUGAAAUUGGCCGCGGUCAGUAUGGUGUUGUUUAUGCAUGUGAUAAAUGGGGAGGAAAAGGACCUUGCGCCAUUAAAUCAGUUGUACCUCCUGAUGAUAAACAUUGGAAUGAUUUAGCUCUUGAAUUUUAUUAUACAAGAGCUAUUCCAGAGCAUGAUCGAAUUGUGCAGAUUCGAGGUUCGGUGAUUGAUUAUACAUAUGCUGGAGGUAGUUCUCCAGCUGUUUUACUUAUCAUGGAUCGAUUGCAAAGAGAUUUGUAUGCUGGUAUAAAAUGUGGUAUGAGUUUUCGUAGUCGUUUACAAGUUGCCAUAGAUGUGGUUGAAGGGCUUAGAUAUUUACAUAGUCAAGGUCUAAUUCAUCGAGAUAUUAAACUCAAAAAUGUCUUACUUGAUUCAAAGAACAGGGGUAAAUUAACAGAUUUAGGUUUUUGUAAACCUGGAGCUAUGAUAAGCGGUUCAAUAGUUGGGACUCCUAUACAUAUGGCUCCUGAGCUUUUUUCUGGUCGUUACGAUCAGUCUGUAGAUGUUUACGCAUUUGGCAUCUUAUUUUGGUAUAUAUGUGCAGGUAGUGUCAGACUUCCUGGCUCCUACGAACAGUGUGCUAGUAAGGAUCAACUUUGGAAUUCUGUACGUAAAGGUGUGAGGCCCGAACGUUUAGUUCAUUUUGAUGACGAGUGCUGGACGCUUAUGGAUCAGUGUUGGGCAGGUGAUUAUGCGGCACGUCCACUUUUAGGAAAUAUAGAACCCCGGCUUAUUACCAUAAAGGAAAGAAUUGAAGCUCGCGAUGCGCAAAAGCGCCAAACUCGUCCUGUUUUACGAACUCGAUCAGUAAUAAAUCAAGAACAUUCAUUUGUUUCACCUUCUCAUACAAUUCAGGUUCCUUUGCAAGUCGAUUAGUAUCAUUUAUUUCUUCAGUAAAAUAAGUUUUUAUUCGGUUAUUCUCAGAAUUAUAUACUUCAAAUAAUCUUAUGUAAAAUAUAAAAAAGAAAAUUUUUAUAUAUCUUUCUUCACACAGUUUUGGUAUUAGUAAUUGCUUUUCUAGAAUCCAUUUAUUUUUAUAACCUUGUAAUAUAUGAAUAUUCUCUGUAUCUAACGCAUUUUUGUAAAACAUUAGAAAUAAAAUAUUAUCCGUCAAAUAAAUUUUAUUUAACAA